UCAUAUUGAGCAGAAAAGAUUUAAAAUUUAUCAAUAAUGAAAAUUUGAAUGCAUAUAUAAAUAUAUCAAUAAUAUUUAUUGCGAGAACCAUUUUACUGGUACUUCAAGUAUUUAGACAUGAAACUUCAAGUCCGAGUUUUAAUUUGGAUAUGUAUAUGUUUGCCUUUUGGAAUACUGUUUUCGUAUUAUUUAACACAGAUGAAAGAAAAUCCUAAACAACACAUAUCACAGACGUAUUCACCGUUUCAAUCGGCAGAAGAGGUUGAAUUUCCCACUACAGAAAACGAAGAGCCUCGUAUUCCGCAUAUUAUUCACCAGAUGUCCUGUAAUGGAAGUGUUCCAGAGCCAUAUAGAGGAUUGAUCGAGACAUUUACUAAACAAAAUCCAAAGUGGACGUAUCGUUUUUGGACGCACGAAUCUGGACGAAGGUUUCUGGUAGACCACUACCCUUAUCUAGUGGAUACGUACGACGUUUUCGGCAAGUGCAAUGCUAAACAGUUGGAUAUGAUAAAGUAUGCUGUUUUGCACGAGUUCGGUGGGGUAUACGCAGACUUUGAUAUGGAGAAUAUACGCCCUUUGGAUAAAGCUACACUGAAAUAUGGCUGUAUCAUACCAAUUGAACCUAUUGAAAACGCGGCUAUGAGACUUCAAGAUCAAAUGGAAGCCUUUAGAUCAGACCUUUUCAAGAACAUCCCAACGUAUAUAAAACUAAACGUAAACGUUAUGCUAUGUCGCCCUAAACAUCCCUUCCUUACAUUUUUGCUGACCAAUCUGAAAGAUCCCAUAAAUCCGUUUGGAAACCAUGAACAUGUAAGUGGUGCCGAGUUUGUGACAAAUUCUUACAAAAAAUUCAACGGAAUAGAUCUCAAAAUUUCUGGCAAACGAGUAACAAACCAUGCUAGUAACUCGCCGAAUUUUUACAAAGGUAACCGAACUGAGGAUAGCAAAGACACUGUUUAUAUUCCAAAUUCUCAGUAUUUCUUCGAUAGCGUUGAUCCAGUAUUUUUGGAUGCGCAAGGCAAUUUAAAGAAUUGUUUGAAAUUUGAGGAGAAAACGUACAAGUCAUCAGCUGCUAAACAAGCAUGUGCUGAAUUUGAAUGGCGCAGGAAGGUUAGGAAAAAUAAGAAAUAUACAUUCACCAUACAUCAUUGGCAUGAUUCUAAAGUAUACAACUUUGAUAAAUGGUUGGGGUCACAAGAAAGAAUACACAUUCAGCAGAUCGUUCCUGGAUGCGUAUUCUAUAAAUAAGUUUUAUUCGAAGAAUUUUUUGGACAACAUUAUUAUAUGAUUCUGACAUUGUAGGACUUUUACAGGUGGUCAGAAUCACUAAACUAAAUACACGUACAAACGAUUUCUAUUAGGUGUGUUUUAUGUAGUACCCAUUUUAACACGUUUGUAAAUCGCAUAUACACCGUUGAUGGUAUGCCGGAGGUUACUGGGUACAUGAUUUCUGUUUUCAAUAUGCCUUAACCUCGACCUUUGUCCGAGUGUCUUCAGUCAAAAUGGGUCAUCAUUACUUAUCACAGGCGUUCGACUGCUUUUCUCAUUAUUUACUGGAAACAGUUUAGUGUGACCAGCACAUUUUACUUCCCGACCAAAACAAACAUUAUUGAUCACCUAAUGACUACGUGCCACAAUCCUAUGAAGCCAAAAUGCAACAAAACCAAGCAUUCUCAUGUUACUUAACGGAAGCGUUAUUAAUCUCAAAAUCCCUGAUGUGCCAUUGACCUUUCGCCCAAUGACCAAAAAGUUUAAAAGCCAUAAACCCAAGUCAUUUUUAAACUGAAACCGUUGAAGUCUCAAAUUUACUGUGAUACUAUUCUUACAUUAAAAUCAAAAGGACAAUCUUAUGAAUGCAAACAAACAUCUAAAGAAGUUUGGACGUCAUAGAUCCCGCAAUUGUACGGAUCAUGGACCCCGUAUUAAAAAGACAGCAUCUACCAAACAUAGGAAAUUAUAUCUAAACAUUUGACAGCCAUAGAUAAGGGCGUUUUUGUACUCUUGAUUUGAAAUCGUUUUCCAACCCCAAGAUCACUAUGGCUUUGACCUUCGACCUACUAAACCACAGAAUAAGUGUCAAGGGUAAUCAUCCUGUAGUUUUGCGAUUGUAUGCAUAAGCUAUCUGUAAGUUGUUGAUGAUCAAGGCUGUAAUAAGUCUACAGAUCACUGCUAUCUUGACCUUUGACCUACAAAACAAUAGAGGUCAUCUACUUACCUUAUGAGGUUUUUAUAGCCAUGGGAUUAAGCGUUAUUCAGUUACUGAUCUCAAACCAUAUAGUCUUCAGCUGACCGACAGCGGCAAAACAAUCCCUUGUACAUGUAUGAAUAUAAAUACAUAGAUCAGUUCUUUAAGGAUUAUCUAUUCGUAGAAACCAUUAUUUAAGAAUGUUGAUAUUGCAUUUUCUUAAAACAGCGUCGUGAAAUUUAGCCUGUGGAAGAGUCUAUGUCGUUACUUUACCCAGGUUAUCAGCUUAUAUUGUGUAUGAAGUCUGUUAUGAUUUCGUGACGUCACUGCUGAAACGUGUGUGUA